UAUUCAUAAAUGUGUGAUGGAACUGGAGGACAUUCAUACCUACUCUCAGGCACACGUCACACUGACAAGAGUCUCGAGACGUAAUGGGCACCUAUCGUGAGGCAAUAUCUCAUGUGAUGCUUGCCUAUAAAGGCAAAUUUGAGCGAGAUGUCAACCUUAAACAAAUCUUGGAGUGCUUGACACUGAAGAAAGUUAUCGGAACGAACGACUACCAAGAGCAGAUUGAAAAGCCAGCAGAGAAGCAAGCGGAAUUCCUCGUACGAAUAAUACCCAAUAAAGGAUUGGAUGGUUUCAGAGCAUUAUGGGAAUGCCUGAAGGAGAAAGAACCCACUUUCGCGAAGAAGUUACUGGAAUCCCUGGGGGAGCAAAACAAGGAAUGUGAGCAAAUUAUUCGCAACGGUGGAGCAGGACAGCAGCAGCAGGAACUCACAGAGUAA